CAGCUGGCUGCACCGCUUGCAGCCUGAAGAGCGGCCACCGCUACUCACGAGGCAGGGGCCGUCUCCGCGAGAAGGAAAGAAAACGAUAAGUGCUGGCAUCUGUUCACUGGAUACCACACUUGACCUCAGAACUGUGAGUGACACCAGAUUUUACACAUAUGCUUUUUCUGUACAUUUUUUGUUGCCUUUUUUUUAAUGUUGCUGUGCUGUCCGGAAAACCGAAGUCUCAUUUUGCUGCAUAGAAACUGAAGCCUGCUCACAUCCCUUCCAGUGGUAGACAAAUUAAAUGUCAGGCAGUAGAGAGGAUUAUGGUGAUCUUAUUCUCCUUUAAGAUCAGAAUUCCUUAGCAGCUGUGAUGCUUUUGGGAGAGAGACCUGUCCUGGUUAUCGCUGGUUCCGUUUCUCUGCCCUGAUGCUCACCUCAGGCCAGUCGCUUGGGACCAGGAAGUGCAAAGAGAAAACAUCAAGAAACGAUAUGACUGACGCACAUAGUGUGGCUGAGGUCAGAUCCCCACAGAGAUUGGGCAGCAUCUUUUUCAUAAAGUAAAGUUGAUGGACACGCAGUUUUUCCUAUUUUUGGAUAGACAUUCAUGCACCGCAACUGGAAACCAAGUGGGAAGGGGACUGAAAUACUUUGAGCAGGUAUUUCCCUUCAUUCCCAAAAAGGCCUGCUGUAAAGGCUGGAUAUUUAGCUGUGGGAUAUCCUGAGUACUCACUCACUUAUGGGAAGAUGGAAGCAGGAGCAGAGGCUAGUCCACAACAGCACCCGAGAAGGAAACCUGUGCUGCACGGCUUGGAGGACCAGAAAAGGAUCUACACGGACUGGGCCAACCACUACCUUGCCAAGUCAGGACACAAGCGCCUGAUCAAGGACCUGCAAACAGAUGUUACAGACGGAGUGCUGCUGGCUGAGAUCAUACAGGUCGUAGCCAAUGAGAAGAUCGACGAUAUCAAUGGCUGCCCCAAGAGCCGUUCUCAGAUGAUUGAGAACAUUGAUGCCUGUCUCAGUUUCCUGGCAGCCAAAGGAGUCAACAUCCAGGGUCUGUCUGCAGAGGAGAUUCGGAAUGGUAAUUUGAAAGCCAUCCUCGGCCUCUUCUUCAGCUUGUCCCGCUACAAACAGCAGCAGCAGCAGGCCCAGCGGCAGAACUCCCAGCCUUCUCUGCCACCCACCACCCAGCCCCAGAGCCCACACCCUCCCCUGAGCCAGCAGAGCAGCACCCCAGCCCAGUUAAGCUACUCUCCGCAUGGGACUCCUGCCAUUACAGCCCAGAAAGCAGCACAGGCUGACAUGCAGUCCAGACUUCCCGGGCCCACAGUGAGGGUUUCCACUGUCGGCACUGACAUACCUCCAAGAGGCUCGGUCAGCGCUGCUGGGAACAGACGCAGUCAGGGCUUUAGUGAUAAGACCAAAGCCAACUUGCUCCUGAACAAAGAUUCCACAGAGGGCAUGACCUCGCAGCCUUCUGUGAUGACUGAGCAUGCUCCACCAUCUGCGGUGACCGUCAGCUCCUCCACCAACAUCCCCGCUGCUACCUCUGCCCUGAUUCCCCCCUCAUCUUCGUCAUCCUCUUCCUCCUCUUCCACAGCCAUCCCCCAGCCCAUCAGCAACAGCAAGCCCUGGAGGAGUAAGUCAGUGAGCUCCAAGCACACCUCAUCUCCUUCCCCCUCCUCCACCAGCACCCCCUUGUCUGCCAUGCAGCCCAUCAAACAGGAGAAAGACACCUCCUAUAAGGCUUCUCCGGCAGCUGAAGCUCCUUCCAAGGUUGUCACUCAGAAAUCAAUGCUGGAGAAGCUUAAGCUGUUCAACAGUAAAUCAGGCUCCAAAUCUUCCACCUCCUCCUCGUCCUCCAAUGGAGCAGGGGCCCAGAGUGACAACACUGCCCCAGCCAAGAACCCUGGAACAGGACAGGUGGAGAGAGCUGAGACUGCCUCCAACACUGACCCCCUGGAGGAAGAUGAUGGUAAUGUCCGGCCGGGAAUGAAUGGAGUAGCUCCCUCAGCAGGUACGACUGUCUCUACAACUGCCAGCAGCCCCAAAAUUGCCCUGAGGGGCAUUGCUCAGCGCACUUUCAGCAGAGCUUUGACUGCCAAGAAGGGGUCUGUUAAAGGCCCCGAGAAGGGAAAGGACAAGGACAAAGGAAAGGAAGUGGGAAAACGUUCCUCGGUCCAUGACAAGACAGAGCUCAGGGGUGAGGAGCCAAAGGAGGAAGUAGCACCUGCUGCUAUGGACACAGAAAGUUCAAACAAAAGGACCUCUAAAAUAGCCAGCUUCAUUCCAAAGGGGGGUAAAGUGGCCAAAAAGGAGAGUUCGACCCCUGCACACAGCGGAAUACCAAAGCCAGGAGGCAAAACUCAAGGAGUUGGGGGGAAAGCUUCCUCAGUGAAGGAGGCAGGGGAUAGGCCUCGGAGCAUGCGGUUAGGAGGUGGUCUUGGCAUGCACCGCGGACCACUAGACAGAGACAGAGACAGCAGGCACUCCAGCUCUACCUCCAGCCUGGCCUCCACAGAGGGAAGGACUAGCGCCACUCCUGUGGCAGGAGGCGGCACUACACAGAGUACAGCCAGCAACACGGUCAGCGUGCAGCUACCUCAGACUCAACAGCACCACAGCCACCCCAACAUGGCCACUGUCGCACCUUUCAUGUACAGAUCCCAAACAGACGGUGAGGGAACAGCGAGCACUGAGACUGGCUCAGGAGGUGGAGACAUUUGCAUUACCAAGAACAGCCAGCCCUCUAUCGAGGACCUUUCAGGUGAAGACCCAGAGACAAGGAGGUUGAGGACUGUCAGAAACAUAGCAGACUUGCGGCAAAACCUGGAGGAGACCAUGUCCAGCCUGCGAGGAACUCAGGUCACACACAGCACCUUGGAAACCAGCUUUGAUGGCGGCAUCACCACAGACAUCAGCAGUGGAGGCGGUAACAGCAGCAACAGCGGCAGCGGAGGUGGUCGCAGCAUCCUCAGCCUGACUUCUACCCGGCCCUCCCUGUCGUCAUGGCGACUGGGCCAGUCCAGCCCUCGUCUGCAGGCGGGUGAUGCCCCCUCUAUGGGGAACGGUUAUGGUGGCCGGGUGGUUAGCAGUCAGGGAGGACGUUACCUGUACCCUGGGCAUCUCCGGCGGCAGCUGGCUGGCAGGGGAGGAGCCCUCUGUAGCGUGGACCUUGGAGACAGAGCCGGGGAGGACAUUGAUCUGGACGGCAUUGCCAUGGAGGUUACAGGAUACAUGAGCGAUGGAGAUGUGUUGAGCAAGAACGCUGCACGCACUGAUGAUGUCACCAGUGGCUAUAUGACUGACGGAGGUUUGGGUCUGUACACACGGCGCCUGAACCGCCUGCCCGACAACAUGGCCGCCGUCAGAGAGACGCUCCAUCGAAACAUGUCGUCAGGACAGGGAGAUGCUGACAGCUGGGAUGACAGCAGCUCUGUGAGCAGCGGCAUCAGCGACAACAUCGACACCGAUGACAUCAACACCAGCUCCUCCAUCUCCUCCUACGCCAACACGCCUGGGGCUCAGCGCAAGGGCCUCAGCACACAGCCUGUGACGGAUGCAGAGAAACAUUCGGCCUCCGCAGUGGUGCACCAAGCCUGGUCAGGGGAUGAGGUGAAGAGGCCAGACGGUGGGUCAGACAGUGGGGUCAGAAUGGAGCCAGGCUCCAAGUGGAGCCGCCGAAACCCCUCCGAUAUCUCUGAUGAGUCUGACAAGGGUGGCUCAGGAAGGAAGACCCCCUCCGUGUCCCACACGGGUUCUUGGAGGAGAGGCAUGAGUACUCAGGUGGGGGUGACAUCCCCCCGGACUAAAAGCACCAGUAGCACAAGCUCCUUGGGCUCUGUUGGCCUCAAGACCCACAGUUCAGGUAAGACAGAUGAUGUCAAGGUGUCAGAAAAAGGACACGUCUCUCCUCGUUCUAACGGCCUUCACCGCUCGCCUUCGGAUGCAGGACGCAGCAGUGGCGAUGAAGCAAAGAAACAUUCAAUUCCCACCAGCCGAACACCGACAACAAGCACCCUCACACACACUGUCUCAGACCCCUACUCCCAGACGCACACACUUGCCUCGCGCACCCCAACCAGCACCUUUGGCUUCAAGAAGCAAGGUCCUGGAAUGGUAACCAUGGUUACUGCCAGCGGUGCCACCAUCACCAGUGGUUCAGCCACCCUGGGGAAGAUGCCAAAAUCUGGAACACGCUCACUGGCAGGAGGCCUGAAGCCUGGUGGGCAGGAUGGAGGAUCAGCACUGGGUCACCACGAUGAUAGCUUCCUCCCCAUGAGCGCCCGCUCUACGCUGCAGUAUCGCAGCCUGCCCAGACCCAGCCGCUCAGGAGCUGCCACCCGCAGUGGGAACCGUUCAUCUACCAGCAGCAUCGAAGCCGCUGUACUGUCUGUCACAUCUCACAGUAAAAAUUCAAUCAACAUCACCAAGGCCAGUGGUUCAGGGGGCUUGCUGGCCAAUCAGACAGAUCGGGAGAAGGGCGUAUCUGAAAUUGAUAACCUGAGGAGUGCAGCUGUAAUGCAGGGUGGAGGAGCAGCAACUGUUCCUCUGACAGGAAGACAACAGGUUUCCUCACCUACACUACGCAGAUUGUUUGGUGGCAAGCCCAAUAAACAAACUUCGGUCACCACAGUUGAAAACAUGAAGAACUCUACUGUUAUCUCUAACCCCCACGCUACCAUGAACCAUGUGACUACAGUGCUAGAGUCCCCUGAUGGAGGGCUGGGAGGUGUGGACAGCGAGACCAGCAGCCCCCUGUUUGCAGGGAGAGCGCUGGGAUCGGGGAUGGGGACGCUGGGCAGCGAGCAGGCCUCCAGUCCCAGCUCAGCCUACUCCUCCACUGGCCCCUCCAACAGUCUGACGUGGGGCACCACGUUCAGCACCUCCUCUGCCCAUAGCAGGGAGGGCACGCUGGGGGGGCAUGGUGGGAUGGGCAGUGUGGGCUACCCCUCAGUCAGCAGCAUGCACACCAGCAGCGAGUCAAUCGACAUGAGCCUGGGCAGCACUGGAGGUGGCGGUGGCCAUGGGACCCACAAAGAGGACACUCUGUCCGCACUGGGCCGCACCAGCAGUGUCAAGACUGGCAUGUCUGAGAGUCCCCUUUCCUCCCCCUCCGCUAGCCCUAUAUUCAGCCGAAACACACUACCUCGGAAGCAAGACAGCGGGCCACACUGUGGUAGAAACACUCUACCUAAGAAGGGACUCAGGUAUGGCCCUUCCCCACAGCUGCGAGGCCAUGAGGAGGCCCGUGACUGGCUGCGCUCCCACUCCACCAGCGGGCUGCAGGACUCAGCUAGCAACUCCCCUUUCUCCCCUGGCUCCAGCCUCACCUCCCCCUCCGGCACUCGCUUCAACUUUGGACAGCUUGCAUCCAGCCCAACCUCAGCAGGUCAGAUCAACCUCGCUGGUCUGCGCAACAACAGCCUGACCAAUCAGGACAUCUCCUUUGACCCUUGCAGUGACAACCGACUGAGAAACUCCUGCAUGUCACUUGAUGAGAAGACUCGCACCAUGAGCCGAUCAGGCUCCUUCAGGGAUGGCUUUGAGGAAGUUCAUGGAUCGUCCCUGUCCCUGGUCUCCAGCACUUCUUCCAUUUAUUCCACGAAUGAGGAGAAGUGUCAGUCGGAGAUCCGCAAGCUGCGCCGGGAGCUGGAUGCCUCCCAGGAAAAAGUUUCCGCCCUGACGACACAGCUGAGCGCCAACGCUCACCUGGUGGCAGCUUUUGAACAGAGUCUGGGAAACAUGACCAUUAGACUCAAGAGUCUCACUAUGACGGCAGAGCAAAAGGACUCGGAGCUGAACGAGUUGAGGAAAACCAUCGAGCUGCUGAAGAAGCAGAACGCUGUGGCUCAGGCUGCCAUCAAUGGAGUUAUCAACACACCUGAACUCACACCUAAAGGGGACAGGACAGCUGGCAGUAAUGGUAGUCCACAGCAACAGCAGCAUCCAGACCUGCGCAUCAGGAGGCAGCACUCCUCUGACAGUGUCAGCAGUGUUGCCAGUGCAACCAGCCACUCCAGUGUGGGCUCCAACAUGGAUGCCGACGCAAGGAACAAGAAGAAGAACAAGAAAAACUGGCUGCGAAGCUCCUUCAAACAAGCAUUCAGCAAGAAGAAAUCUCCCAAGUCGGCCUCCUCUCACUCCGACAUUGAGGAGAUGACCGACUCUUCACUGCCGUCCUCCCCCAAGCUGCCCCACAAUGGCACCACAUCCACCAGCCACAUGCUCAGGAACACGCACUCCAACACGCUAUUGCCUGAGUGUUUGGACAGCGAGGCGGAGAUGGUGAUGCAGCUGCGGAGUGAGCUCAGGGAGAAGGAGAUGAAGUUGACUGACAUCCGCUUGGAGGCGCUCAGCUCUGCCCAUCAGCUGGACCAGCUCCGGGAGGCCAUGAACCGCAUGCAGCUAGAGAUUGAGAAACUGAAGGCAGAGAAUGACCGUUUGAAGUUGGAGAAUCAGGGCAGCAGGACAGGCUCCCAGGUUUCCAUCUCAUCCUCUCCUCCCCCUCCCCCACAAACACACAGCCAUGCACCGGGACCCGGGCCGGGGCUCUCCCAGCACAGCCUCAACCUCAGCACCAGUGAGUCCACCAGCCUGGACAUGCUGCUGGACGACACUGGUGGAGAGGGAGGGAUGAGGAAGGAGGGGAGACAUGUCAAGAUUGUUGUCAGCCUGGAUGGCGAUAGCAAAUGGGGAGAGGAGGGGCGGCCUUGUCAUUUUCUGAUAGGUUGCAUUGGUGUGAGUGGGAAAACCAAGUGGGACGUUCUGGACGGAGUGGUCCGACGCCUGUUCAAGGAGUACAUUACCCACGUGGACCCCGUGAGCCAGCUGGGACUGAGCUCCGACAGUGUGGAGGGAUACAACAUCGGAGAAAUCCAUCGACCCAGCAGCCCCAGUGCCGCCCACACGCCCGAGCUGUUGCCCUGCGGCUACCUGGUGGGAGACAGCAACACCAUUAGUAUCCAGCUCAAAGGUACGAGCAGUGAGAAUGUGGACUCGCUGGUGUUCGACACUCUGAUCCCGAAGCCAAUGCUCCAGCGCUAUGUCUCACUGCUGAAGGAGCACAGGCGCAUUAUCCUGUCGGGCCCCAGUGGCACAGGAAAGACAUACCUGGCCAAUCAGCUGUCUCGACACCUGCUGCUGCUGGAGGGCCGACCUCUGACCCCACACGCUGUCGUAACUUUCAAUGUGGACCACAAGUCCAGCAAGGAGCUGCGCCAAUACCUGUCAGGUUUGGCUGAGCAGUGCAGCGGCGUCCCGGGGGCGGACAGCCCUCUGGUAGUCAUUCUGGACAACCUGCACCACAUCAGCUCCCUGGGGGAGAUCUUCAACGGCCUCUUCAACUGCAACUACCAACGCAGUCCCUACAUUAUCGGUACCAUGAGUCAAGCCACAUCAUCUGCCCCCAACCUGCAGCUUCACCACAACUUCAGGUGGGUGCUGUGUGCCAACCACAUGGAGCCGGUGAAAGGCUUCCUUGGUCGCUACCUGAGGAGGAAGCUGAUCGAGAUCGAGAUCGGCAGCCGAACACGCAAUAUGGAACUGGUGAAGAUUGUCGACUGGAUCCCACAGGUUUGGCACCACCUCAACCGCUUCCUGGAGGCGCACAGCUCCUCUGAUGUCACCAUUGGACCUCGUCUGUUCCUUUCAUGUCCCAUGGAUGUGGAAGGAUCCAGGGUUUGGUUCACUGACCUCUGGAACUACUCCAUCAUCCCCUACAUGCUUGAGGCUGUGCGAGAGGGACUGCAGCUGUAUGGGCGCCGGUCUGCAUGGGAGGACCCUGCUGCGUGGGUGAUUGACACCUAUCCAUGGUCAGCCAUGCCCACUCCAGCUGACUGGCCCCCGCUGCUGCAGCUCCGCCCAGAGGAUGUGGGUUUUGAUGGCUACUCUGCCCCAAGAGAAGGAGUCAGGAAAGAACCACCACAGAGUGAUAGCGACGCAGACCCACUGAUGAACAUGUUGAUGCGUCUGAAGGAGGCAGCGACGUCGUCGAGCCCACAGAGCUACGACAGCGACUCCAACAGCAACAGCCACCAGGACGACAUUCUGGACUCAUCGCUGGAGUCGACCUUGUGAUGGUAUAAAAAGGCAACGGUGGGAUCAGGUUUCAUGAGGAACUUUUUACAACUGUUCUCACUGUGAGAACCUCUUGUGUGAGAGUUAGGCCUAUACUCUCAUGCUACACAAUCCAGCCAACUUGAUUUGGGUGCAGGUAACCCAAAUAUUUCAAAAGAAAAAUACAACUGCUUUCAUAAAACAGGCUCCAAAAGUUUCUACGGCAGUGUUUUGUUUCGGGAUGUUUUUUUUUCACCACUGUGGCCCGUGGCUUCUCUGUCAGGAGCCUGACGUCUACUUCACACAGACAGAAUAAAAGCACAUACAGCGUGACACUGUUGGUAGUGCACUAUCAUUAUCAUUAUCACUAGCCAUCUGCAUACUGUAGACACCAGCCAGGAGUCUGUCAUCCUCCACUGAGCCACAGCCUCAGCAUCAGCUCAAUGGCCGCAGUGCGCCUACACUGCCCACAGGUGGCGGUGCAGACCCUCGUCUCUGGAACAUCAGUGAGCCUGAGCUAAUAGCUGCUAAGAGCACAUAUUAUGGGGCUGCUGCUGGUCAGCUGGAUGAGUGAACAGCCAGCCACUUUCUGCUUCUCUACAGCCGAAUCCGCCUGUGUGAUUGCUGGAGGAUAAAUUGAACCAAAGUGAAUGUUAAUCCUAAAGCAUGCAUGCUCUCCAAAACUCCUCAGCUCAUUCAUUUUACACCCCAAACAUAGUGUUUGAUUUUAUUCAGCUCUAUUAAAGCCACAUUUCCAAGCUGAAAAAAGUGCAGUAAUAGCUCGUAAAGGAGAUGUGUCCACCAAAAUUAAGUUAGAUAACAUGAAUGAAAAUCAAUCCUGGCAGAUAAAUGUUAAAUGUCUGUAAUCUAAACCCUUAGUAGACAAAAAAAGAUGUGAAUCUGUGCUUAUAUAUGCAAACUCAUGAUAUAAACUUGUUAACAAAGAGGUUGGCAGUAGCAGCACGGGUUCACCACCAGAACAAUAUCAAAAUCUCUGGAAAAGAAAUAUCCCAACUAAAGACGCAAGUUUUGUUCAUGCAAAAACGAACCACUGUCCUUCCUAACACUCCAUUUGAUCUGGAGUUGGCGCAUCAUUUCAUCCUGGUCCUCAGUGGUUACAUCCUGCCUCAUAAGUGAGAGACCAUUGUUCCACAAGAAAGUAACACAGAGCAGAAUAACAUUAAACUACACAAUCAUAGGCACCAGUCAGGCCAAUACUACAACAAAUACUACUUGUAUGAAGCAAGGUGAGAACAAAAUCUCAUUUACUAAAUCCCUAGUUCCCACCACAUAGACUUUCAUGAGGAAAGCAUGCCAAUUGGGAAUGUAGCAUUCACUAUGACUAUAUUUAUCCUUUUAACCUUUACGAUGUUUGAGACUUUGUCUCGUUUGCAUACCAUGUUGUAACUUUUUGUGUAAUUUCACAAAACGAUGCCUCUACCACUCUGCUUUAAUAAUCCUUUGAGAUCUCCAUGCACACUGGCCCAGACAGGCUGUCGUAGCACAAACCUCUUGCGGUGCUGGACUGAACUCUAACAAACAAUGCCUUACUCUUUUCUAACGGACUAUGUGCAUUAGCUGAAUCUUUGUCUAAUUGGCUGUAAACCUAACAGGGCUCUGAGUCGACUCUGUCCUUUGUCGAGGAGCGGCGUCGACCUCUCAUCAUAUCAAACACCACUGCCAUGGGAUUGAAGAGACGUGGAUGAGAAGCGACUUUAGGUUUCAUAUUAAGUUGUAUGCAUGUGUAUGACCCAGUGCUGAGAAGCUGAUGUAAAUAUCUGGACCACUAGUAAGAAAGAGAACUAUAUCGAUAUGUUUUGGUGCUUGAAUUCAGAACCUUUUGCAGGUUGACUGGACGAGGGAAGUUUAAGAAGUGCUGAGUUUAUACCUCAUCCCCAUCUUUUAUCUUUCACCAUGCUUAUUGUCUGCUUUGAUUGUGUGACUUGUGAUAAACUAAACAUGUUAACUGAUUAAGUGAAAACUAGUGUGUACGCUGCUUUGUUUAUAGUGAUAUAAUGAAUUGGAGGUAAAGGUACAACACGUAAAACUGUUUUGACAUCCUUGGCUGAAAAAAUAUAGAAUAUUGUACAUUUAGUUUUGUGUUAAACUGCCCAGCCUGCCUUCCUGGGAAAAGUAGGCAUACGUUCGAGGCCCAGGGUCAUGUAGUUCAGCACGGCUUCCAUCGCUUUCAGUGUUUUUUGUCAGCGAUCCUAUGCAAGUUUCAUUCUGAUCUCCAUAUGGAAGCCAAAAGCUGAAGCGCAUUUGUCUCAUAAGUGGUUUUCAGGACUGCUAAGACAUACAACAGUGGAUUUGUGGCCAAUAUUCUUUGUCCAUACGUGUGUCUGUGUAUUUCAUCGAGGCUCUCCUGCUAUGGUUCCUGUAAGCACAAAGAGAUGUAAAUCUCUGUUUGUCUUGUGGAAAGCCUACUCUGAGAAGUGUGGAUGCUGUUGAAAGAAUCUGACCAGUCUGGUUAUGACUCUCAAACUCAAUGAAUGUUUAGCCGCCUUUGCUUUGUACAUUUUUUACAUGUAACAUAACUUUGUAAAUAGUUGAUUAUCUUGCAGCAUUUGACUUUUUCUAGAUGAUUUCUUACAAUACUUGAAAAGGAGUAUUUUGUGUACAGUCUCUUUAUGUCAGAACAGAGAUGCCGUUUGUCGUCACUGGUCUGUCCAGGGCUCGGAGAAUUAAAUCAGAUAUCACUGUACUAGUCUUAAGUUAUUGUGAUUCAAUAAAAUUAUUUAUGAAUGAA